UUCCCUUCCUCCCCCCAUCAUCAUCGCGCCCAACGAUGGCGAUCCCUCUGUCGAAGACGGCAUCCCCAGGGUCCCAGAGCCAGUCAACGCACAAGGCCGACCUCAGCGUCGACACCGUGUCCCUCGUCCCCUCGGUAGACCCAGCGAUGGAGAAGGUCGUAUGGCGGAAGCUCGACCUCUAUGUGCUUCCCAUGGUUGCCUUGUUCUACUUGCUAUCCUUCUUGGAUCGCACGAACGUCUCGAAUGCGCGGGUCGCUGGUAUGCAAGUCGACCUCAAGAUGACCAAUCACGACUACUCCAUGGCGCUUACGGUCACCUACAUCCCCUACAUCAUCGCUGAGCUCCCUUCGAAUCUGCUCUUGAAGGCUGUCGGUCCCAAUCUCCUGCUUCCCGCUAUGCUCACGCUCUGGGGCGUGGUUACGACAUGUCAAGGCGUUGUAACGACUUACGGCGGUCUGCUUACUUGUCGGUUCUUCCUUGGAUUGUUAGAAGGCGGUGUCUUCCCGGGACUCGUCCUCUACCUGUCGUACUUCUACCCUCGCCAGAAGUUGAACUUGAGGAUAUCGGGAUUCUUCUCGUCUGCAUCAGUCGCAGGUGCCUUCGGCGGCAUUUUAGCGUACGGCAUCGUCCACAUGGAGGGCGUUGGCGGGAAGCCCGGCUGGUCAUGGAUCUUCAUUCUCGAAGGCCUCUUCACGGUCCUCGUCGGGAUCGCGGGCUUCUUCGUGCUGCCUCGGACGCCUCAACACGCACGCUUCCUCUCCGCGAAGGAGAAGGAGUACGUCACAGAGCAGCUGAAGGCCGCGGGUGCUACGGCACGCGACGAGAACGUGGACGGGUUCAGCUGGAAUGAAGUGGGCAAGGCGUUCGGCCUGCCCCAGGUAUGGUUCACUGCACUCGUGUACUUCUUCGACGGUGUUACUUUGUACGGUUUGGCCUAUUUCGCACCUUCUAUCGUGCAGGGCCUCGGAUAUGCAGGCGCGGAUGCGCAAUUGAUGACCGUGCCGCCGUUCGCAGCAGCCUUCGUCUUCUCCCUGGCCUGCGCCUUCGUAUCCGACCACUACCGCUGCCGCGGGUACAUCACCAUCAUCUCGUCUGUGCUCUGUGUGAUUGGAUUCUCGAUGUUCCUCUCCUCCCCGCACCAAAGCAUCCAAUACGGCUCCCUCUUCCUCUCCAUCUCCGGCACCUACACCGUCGCGCCCACCGUCUCCGCCUGGGGCGCGAACAACGUCUUCCCCCACACGCGCCGCGCCACCGCCAUCGCCAUCGGCUUCAUCAUGUCCAACAGCGGCGGCAUCCUCGCGACCUGGCUCCUCGGCUCCCUCUCCGCCGCGCCGCGCUACCACUCCGCGACGGUGACGAUGCUGAUCAUGAGCGUGCUCAUGAUCGUGUUUACGGCGCUCAACCUGGGCUACCUGUGGUCGCAGAACAAGAAGAAGGCGCAGGUUCGGGCGACGUCGACGCAGGUAGAGGAGCGGCCGGGCCUGGGCGACCGCUCGGCGUGGUUCGUCUACAGCCUGUGAAGUGCUCUUGUGGCUCGCGGUGCUUGUUGCUCUUGCUGUUUGACUUCGGCCUGCGAAAACCUCUGUGAUGGUCGAUGUAUAUAUCUCGGAUGGAUUGGGAAGGCGCCUUCUUCGAAGGUGCAUGUAAAUAGCUUGCCUGCGUUGCGUAAAGCAUCGCGCUACAUAGACCGGGUUGUCAUAGGUCUCACUGUUGUUGUUGUCCUGGCUAAUUUAUCGUUCACGCUCGUUACCCCUCGCAAAUACUGCAAUGAUUAUACCAAGUCGUCAAAGACGAAGAA